GCGAUGAGUUUGUGUUUGCAUUUCAUUUCCUUUACAUUUACAUUCAUUUUCAUUGUUAUUAUUGACACCAAUUGUAGUGUUUUUUACUGUAAACAAACUUUUCGUACAUUAAUUGCGAUAAUAAUCACCUGUUUUUCGUGGUGUCUGUCCAUACGAUCCGUGGUAUCUGUUUGUCUCUCUUUGCGGACCAAUUGGUGGACAACUUAGUGGUCGGAAGAGAUGCCGAUUUGCGAUGACAUUCGUCUGAACAGUAAAAUAGAUUACAAACAGAAAUACAUUCAUCUGAAGAGAAAACUCAAACUUUUGAUAUACGAGAAUGAGUGCUAUUCGGAUGAGUUGAAGAAGUCUGAGCGACAGCUGCUUCAAGUGAGUCGAGACAAGUCCUACCUCUUGGACCGACUCUUACAGUACGAGAAGAUCGAGUCGUCGACAUCUGAUUCGGAGGACACGCUGUCCAGCGAUUCGGACGCCGAGUCCCGCAAAUUGGACGCCAAGAAGAAGAAGGCGGUGGCGGAGAGCGCGCCGGCCGUCGAAACGAUAGCCAAUACCACGUCUGCCAACACUUCGCGUAAGAAGAAGACGGCAAACAAUACUCCGACGGCCAGUACUUCGCGAUCGCGAAGCAGUUCCACUGGAAAACCGUCAAAAUCAUCGCAAUCCGCGGCCACAACGACCAGCGCCUCAACGAACGCAUGCAUCCCAUCGUCGUCUUCAGCGGCCAUCACUGCCACACUAUUCAAAGGCGAGACAUCUUUGGCGCUGACGACCUCUUGUUCGCAGUCGUCGAAAGCGUCGGUCAGCAGCACCUCAUCCGUCAACAGCACAAUCGAUGGUCACAUGACUUCUGAAGAGUUGGAACGGCAUCUGGAGUCGCGUCGACAGCCGUCGGCGAUGUUGAUGCCCGACUUCUGCGGCGAAUGCCAAGGGCAGCUCGAGAAGUCGUUGCUCAGUAGGUUACCAGAAGGUCUUCUACUGUGUGUAGAAUUGUAA